UUUCAAAGGGCGCUCGGGGCAAGCCGGCCCUGAGCUUCUGUCUGCCGGCCUCCGGAGAUCCCGUGCUCACCUGCCCGCCGCAGCCUCUCCGCACGCCCCCGGCUCCCUGCAGCUGCCGUCCGUCCGUCCGUGCGUCCGUCACUCCCUGCAGCAGGUGCCUCGGGGGAGCAGCACCUCGGCUUCGAAGCCGCCAGCCCCGCGGGCCAGUCACAUGGAGGGCGGCGGCGGAGGCGGGCUGGCCCCUGCCGAGGCUCCGGAGGAGGCAGGCGAGGCGCCUCCGGGCAGGCUGCCUCCGGGGCCCGAGGUCGCGGCGGGGCCGGCGGAGCCCGAGAGCUCGGGGGACUCUGCGGGAGGCGAGGCUGAGGGCGGGCGCGGGCCGCGCCGGGCUCUGCGGGCUGUAUACGUGCGCAGCGAAAGUUCGCAGGGGGCGGCGGCUGGCGGCGGCCCCGAGGCCGGGGCGUUUAAGUGCCUGCUUCGGGCCUGCGAAGCUGAGGGCGCCCACCUCACCUCCGUACCCUUCGGGGAGCUCGACUUCGGGGAGACAGCAGUGCUUGAUGCCUUCUACGAUGCAGAUGUUGCCAUUGUGGACAUGAGCGAUAUCUCCAGACAGCCUUCCCUUUUCUAUCAUCUUGGAGUCCGAGAGAGUUUUGACAUGGCUAAUAAUGUAAUUCUGUACUAUGAUACUGAUGCUGACACUGCUCUGUCAUUGAAGGAUAUGGUCACUCAAAAAAACAUAGCAUCUAGUGGAAAUUAUUAUUUCAUCCCCUACACUGUGACACCAUGUGCUGACUAUUUUUGCUGUGAGAGUGAUGCCCAAAGGAGAGCCUCAGAGUACAUGCAGCCUAACUGGGACACCAUCCUCGGCCCACUGUGUAUGCCCCUGGUGGACAGAUUCACUAGCCUCCUUAAGGACAUCCGUGUGACUUCAUGUGCUUAUUAUAAAGAAACAUUGUUAAAUGACAUCCGGAAAGCCAGAGAGAAAUACCAAGGUGACGAACUGGCAAAAGAGCUGACUCGGAUCAAAUUUCGCAUGGAUAACAUCGAGGUUCUGACAUCGGACAUCAUCAUUAACUUACUUCUGUCCUACCGUGAUAUUCAGGACUAUGAUGCAAUGGUCAAGCUGGUAGAAACACUGAAGAUGCUGCCUACGUGUGAUUUGGCUGAUCAGCACAACAUUAAAUUUCACUAUGCAUUUGCACUGAAUAGGAGAAACAGCACAGGUGACCGUGAAAAGGCUCUUCAGGUCAUGCUCCAAGUUCUGCAAAGCUGUGACCACCCAGCUCCUGACAUGUUUUGCCUGUGUGGGAGGAUCUACAAGGACAUCUUCCUGGAUUCAGGUUGUGAAGAGGAUGCAAGCCGAGACAGUGCCAUUGAGUGGUAUCGCAAAGGGUUUGAACUCCAGUCAUCACUUUAUUCGGGAAUUAACCUUGCAGUUUUGCUGAUAGUUUCUGGACAACAGUUUGAAACUUCAAUGGAACUAAGGAAAAUAGGUGUCCGGCUGAACAGUUUAUUGGGAAGAAAAGGGAGCCUGGAGAAAAUGAACAAUUACUGGGAUGUAGGUCAGUUCUUCACCGUCAGCAUGCUGGCAAGUGAUAUUGGGAAGGCUGUCCAGGCAGCAGAGAGGUUGUUCAAACUGAAACCCCCGGUCUGGUAUCUGCGGUCAUUAGUUCAGAACCUGCUGUUAAUUCAACGCUUCAAGAAACCCAUUGCAGAACACUCACCCCGGCAGGAACGACUUAACUUCUGGUUAGAUAUCAUUUUCGAAGCAACAAACGAAGUUACUAAUGGACUCAGAUUUCCAGUUCUGGUAAUAGAGCCAACCAAAGUUUACCAGCCUUCUUACGUUUCUAUCAACAAUGAAGCUGAAGAAAGAACUGUUUCUUUAUGGCAUGUCUCACCCACAGAAAUGAAACAAAUCCAUGAGUGGAAUUUUGCAGCCUCUUCUAUUAAAGGAAUAAGCCUGUCCAAGUUUGAUGAACGGUGCUGUUUUCUUUAUGUCCAUGAUAAUUCUGAUGACUUUCAAAUCUACUUUUCCACUGAAGACCAGUGUAAUAGAUUUUGCUCUUUGGUCAAAGAGAUGCUAAACAAUGGAGUGGGCAGUACAGUGGAGUUGGAGGGAGAGGCUGAUGGAGACACCUUAGAGUAUGAGUAUGACCAUGAUGCGAAUGGGGAGAGAGUUGUCUUGGGGAAAGGCUCCUAUGGGGUUGUGUAUGCUGGCCGUGAUCUCAGUAAUCAAGUACGAAUAGCCAUCAAGGAAAUCCCAGAGAGAGAUAUCAGGUACUCUCAGCCUCUGCAUGAAGAAAUAGCUCUCCACAAGUAUCUCAAGCACCGCAAUAUCGUCCAGUACCUUGGCUCUAUUUCAGAGAAUGGCUACAUUAAGAUAUUUAUGGAGCAGGUACCUGGAGGAAGCCUUUCUGCUCUCUUGCGAUCUAAAUGGGGACCCAUGAAGGAACCCACUAUCAAAUUUUAUACCAAACAGAUCCUGGAAGGACUGAAGUAUCUCCAUGAAAACCAGAUAGUGCACAGAGACAUAAAGGGUGAUAAUGUUCUGGUGAACACCUAUAGUGGAGUGGUAAAAAUCUCUGAUUUUGGAACCUCUAAACGCCUCGCAGGAAUUAACCCAUGCACCGAGACCUUUGCUGGGACUCUGCAGUACAUGGCACCUGAGAUUAUUGAUCAAGGACCUCGAGGGUAUGGUGCUCCAGCUGAUAUCUGGUCUUUGGGCUGCACCAUCAUUGAGAUGGCAACCAGCAGGCCUCCAUUCCAUGAGCUUGGUGAGCCACAAGCAGCCAUGUUUAAGGUAGGGAUGUUUAAAAUCCACCCUGAAAUUCCAGAGGCCCUUUCAGCUGAAGCCAGAGCCUUCAUCUUGUCUUGUUUUGAGCCUGACCCUCAGAAACGUGUCACUGCUGGUGACCUUCUCCAAGAAGGGUUCUUAAGGCAGGUGAACAAAGGCAAAAAGAACCGAAUUGCUUUCAAGCCAUCAGAGGGUGUUCGGAGUGGCACGGGUACUCUGGCUCUGCCUUCAUCAGGAGAGCUUAUGGGCAGCAGCAGCAGUGAGCAUGGCUCAAUCUCCCCAGAUUCAGAUGCCCAGCCUGAUGCAUUCUUUGAGAAGGUCCAGGCGCCCAAACAUCAGCUGAGCCACCUUCUCAGUGUUCCAGAUGAAAGCUCAGCCUUAGAUGACAGAAGCACAGCCUUACCCCCAGAGGAGAGGGAUCCUGGUCUCUUUCUACUGCGCAAGGACAGUGAGCGCAGAGCCAUCCUGUACAGAAUCCUUUGGGAGGAACAAAAUCAAGUGGCUUCCAACCUGCAAGAGUGUGUGGUCCAGAGUUCAGAAGAAUUGCUUCUCUCAGUUGGCCACAUCAAACAGAUAAUUGGAAUCCUAAGGGACUUCAUCCGCUCCCCAGAGCACAGGGUGAUGGCAGCCACAAUAUCAAAACUAAAGGUGGACCUGGACUUUGACAGCUCAUCCAUCAACCAGAUUCACCUGAUUCUGUUUGGAUUCCAAGAUGCUGUCAACAGAAUUUUGAGAAACCACUUAAUUAGGCCCCACUGGAUGUUUGCAAUGGACAACAUCAUUCGCAGAGCUGUGCAGGCUGCAGUUACCAUUCUCAUUCCAGAGCUCCAAGCCCACUUUGAGCCUGCUUCUGAGACUGAAGGGGUAGACAAGGACACAGAAGUGGAAGGGGACUAUCCCCUAGUAGACCUCCUCAGCCAAGAAGUACAUGUGACACCCAGAGGCACCAGACCUGGCUCAAUGGCUAUCCAGGAGGGCCAGCAGGACCCAAGUCUCCAACUGAGCAAGCUCAGGCAAGAGACCAACAGACUUUGGGAACACCUAGUUCAAAAAGAGAGGGAGUACCAGAAUCUUCUUCGGCUAAUUCUAGAACAAAAAACUCAAGAAUUAUAUCACCUUCAGUUACAAUGCAAAUCCAAUGGUGGUACAGAGAACCCACCGCCCCCUGAUGGACUUGGAACUGACAGAGAGCUUAUAGACUGGUUGCAACUACAAGGAGUGGAUGCAAAUACAAUAGAAAAGAUUGUUGAAGAGGAUUAUACACUUUCUGAUAUUCUCAAUGAUAUCACUAAGGAAGACCUAAGGUGCCUCAGACUACGUGGUGGUGUCCUCUGUAGGCUCUGGCAUGCAGUCUCCCAGCACAGAAGACAGAUGCAGGAGUCCUCACAAUGAGCCAAGCUGCGAAGAAUGAGCAAAAACUACCCCACACCUGCUUAUGACUAAAGCUUCUAUUAGUAUACACACAAACCCCGCGUUUACACAGGAAGACCCUUGUUCAUUUCAUUCAAGCACGUGUGAUUUUAGAGCAUCCUUGUUUAUAAACAUGAUUGUAAGUAAUGUCAACCCUGACCUAGUAUUUAAAAUGUUAGCAUACCUUAUAGCAAUUGCUGGAAAAAUAAAAGCAUACGUAUUUUAUAUACUAGUGUAAUUACUUAAGUGUGAAAGGUUAAAAAAGGUGUGCCUUACUAUGUGGAGAAAAUUAAAUUAUUUUAAAACA